CGGGCCCUGCCGGCAGCCGGCCCCCGCCGUGACCCGGUGGGGCUGCGCACGCCGGCCCCGCGGGGCGCAUGGAGGCACCAGCCGCCCUCUGCGAGGUGUGACAGCGCGGCUCGGCCCCGCCAGGCGGGCGGCCCCGGGCCCCCCUCAGUGGCCGCGGCAGGAGCCAGGAGGGCUCGGGACUGACACCGGCAUCGCCCCCGUCGCCGGCAGCUGCCGCCUCCUGAGACAUGAAGAAGUUCUUCGACUCGCGCCGGGAGCAGGGCGGCUCCGGGCCCGGGUCGGGCACCAGCGGCGGCGGCGGCGGCAGCAGCGGCCCGGGCAGCGGCUACAUCGGCCGGGUCUUCAGCAUCGGCCGGCACCAGGUCACCGUGGACGAGGUGCUGGCGGAAGGUGGCUUUGCAAUCGUGUUCCUGGUGAGGACAAGCAAUGGGGUGAAGUGUGCCCUGAAGAGGAUGUAUGUCAAUAACGAGUACGACCUGCAGGUCUGCAAGAGAGAGAUCCAGAUCAUGCGGGAUCUGUCUGGCCACAAGAACAUUGUGGGCUACAUCGACUCCAGCAUCAACUCAGUCAGCAGUGGGGAUGUGUGGGAGGUGCUGAUCCUCAUGGACUUCUGCCGGGGGGGGCAGGUGGUGAACCUGAUGAACCAGCGCCUGCAGACCGGCUUCACCGAGAGCGAGGUCCUGCAGAUCUUCUGCGACACCUGCGAGGCCGUGGCCCGGCUGCACCAGUGCAAGACUCCCAUCAUCCACAGGGACCUGAAGGUUGAAAACAUCCUGCUGCAUGACCGUGGCCACUACGUCCUGUGUGACUUUGGGAGUGCUACUAACAAAUUCCAGAACCCUCAGACAGAGGGGGUGAACGCGGUCGAGGAGGAGAUCAAGAAGUACACAACGUUGUCCUACAGAGCACCAGAGAUGGUGAACCUGUACAGUGGCAAACUCAUCACUACAAAAGCAGACAUCUGGGCCCUGGGCUGUUUGCUGUACAAGCUGUGCUACUUCACCUUGCCCUUUGGGGAGAGCCAGGUGGCCAUUUGUGAUGGCAACUUCACCAUCCCGGACAACUCGCGGCACUCCCAGGACAUGCACUGCCUCAUCCGGUACAUGCUCGAGCCAGACCCUGAUAAGAGGCCUGACAUUUAUCAGGUCUCCUACUUUGCAUUCAAACUGGCCAAGAAGGACUGCCCGGUGCAGAAUGUCCAGAACUCUCCAAUCCCUGCUAAACUCCCAGACCCAGUUAAAGCAAGUGAAGCUGCUGCAAAGAAGAGUCAACCAAAGGCCAGGCUCACAGACCCCAUCCCUACGACAGAAACGUCCAUAGCACCCCGCCAGCGACCUAAAGCAGGACAGACCCAGCCCAACCCUGGAAUUCUGCCCAUCCAGCCAGCCCUGACACCCAGGAAGAGAGCCACAGCCCAGGCAGCCAUUCAGCCACAGGCUGCAGGCCCAGCUGCCCUGGGCAGUGCCCAGCCCUCGCUCCCUGCCAGCACCCCCCAGCCAAAAGCAGCCCCCCAGCAGCCUCCAGCCCAGCCCCAGGCCAAGGCAGCAGCAGCGCCCCAGGCACAGCCCCAGGUCCCCUCAACACAGCCCCAGGCCACCCCUCAGCAUCAGCAGCAGCUUUUCCUGAAGCAGCAGCUCCUGCAGCAGCAGCAGCAGCAGCAGCAACAACAGCAGCAGGCUGCCUACUUCCAGCAGCAGCAGCAGCAGCAGAUGAUGCAGGCACAGCAGUUCCCAGUGGUGCAGCAAGGAGCACCCGCGCAGCAUCAGCAGCUGAUGCAGAACUACUACCAGCAGCAGCAGCAGCAGCAGCUGCUGGCCCAGCAGGCAGCUAUGCAGCAGAAGACCACAGCAGCAGCAGCAGCAGCCCAGCAGAAGCAGCAGCCCCAGGCCCAGCCGGGCACAGCACUGCCGGCACAGCCACAGGAGCAGGGGGCCCAGGUGCAGGCUCAGAGGCAGCAGCAGCAGCAACAGGCUCAGGGGCAGAAGCUGGGCUCCCUCACGCCGCCGUCCUCGCCCAAGGCGCAGCGCGCGGGGCACCGCCGCAUCCUCAGCGACGUCACCCACAGCGCCGUGUUCGGCGUGCCCGCCAGCAAAUCCACCCAGCUGCUGCAGGCUGCGGCUGCUGAGGCCAGCCUCAACAAGUCCAAAUCUGCUUCCACCACACCCUCGGGCUCGCCAAGGACCUCGCAGCAGAAUGUCUACAACCCUCCUGACGUGUCCACGUGGAACCCCUUUGACGAUGACAACUUCUCCAAGCUGACAGCUGAGGAGCUGCUGAACAAGGACUUUGCAAAGCUGGGGGAUGGGAAAGCUCCAGAAAAGGCAGGCAGCUCCACGGAGAACCUGAUCCCAGGUUUCCAGCCCGCUGCGCCUGCAGCCCCGGCGGAUGCCUUUGGUGGCUCCUCCUUCCCUGCUGGGCCAGCUGAAAAAACGAAAGACAUUCUGAGUUUGGACUCUAGCCCUCCUCUUCUGACUGUGCCUGAUCCUUUCAUUCCUCUCCCGUUAUCCGACACCCCAGAAAAACUGAUUGAGGGCCUCAAAUCUCCCGAGCCUGCGCUCCUGCUCCCCGAGCUGCUGCCUCUGGCUGACCCCUUCGGCAGCACGGCAGACACUGUCAAUGGCAAAGCUGACGUGGCUGUGGAGAGCCUGAUCCCGGGGCUGGAGGCCCCGCUGCCCCAGCGCCUCGUGUCCCAGAGCGAGUCCGUGGCCUCCAACAGAACAGACUCUCUCACUGGGGAAGACUCACUGCUUGACUGUUCUCUGCUCUCUAACCCUGCUGCUGACCUCCUGGAUGAGUUUGCUCCUGUAGCUUUCACAGCUCAGCCUCACAAAGAAGAUACUAACCUGAUAUCAGGCUUUGAUGCUCCUGAGGGCUCUGAAAAAGUGACAGAAGAUGAGUUUGACCCAAUCCCAGUGUUGAUAUCCAAAAAUUCACAAGGUGUGCAGAGGGCUCCGGGCCGGUUCCCAGCUGUAGCUCUCGAGCUCUGUAAAGGAGAUCCUGGCAGUGACAGACUCGCCUCAUACAAGGGUCAGCCCGAGAUGCUGGAGGGGAAAGUGCAGCACAGCUCAGAGUCAGAGUACUUGGCCAGAGAUGGACCUUCAAGCAACAGCUCCUUCUACAGCAGCGAAGGAGAGGGGACAGACCACGAGGGAGAUAUUCUGGAUUGCAGCGGGUCCAGGCCUUUACUGAUGGAUUCGGAAGAGGAGGAGGAGACGUGCAAGUUGUGCCCAGGGUUCCUGCAGCCUGUGCCCGGGCACGAGGCCUCCAAAGAGGAUCCCCAGACGCAGGCCAGAGCGGGGGAGCCACUGUUCCCGGCCUUCCAGUCACACAGCGGGGAGGUUUUUAACGAACCCGAUGUGUUUGCCACGGCUCCUUUCCGAAGCUCCAGGAAGGUCCCCGAUGAAGUGGAUGUCUUUACCAAAGCUCCUUUUAUCUGUAAGGGCAGCGUGGCUCUGCGGCAUCCAGAGGAAGCAGAUGUGUUUCUGAGAGCCCCUUUCACUAAGAAGAAAAGCAUGGAAGAGUUGACUUGCCACAAGGAGCCGUUCACACCGCCAGUUUUCCUGAGCCAGGGGGGCGACGGCCGCGCUCAGCCGAUGUUCCCGGGCCUGGAUCCAGCAGUGCAUGGGUCCAUGGCCUCGAUGAGAGCUCCGCAUCCUUCUGCUGCCUUUGCUCAGGCAGGCAAUCUCCAUCCCUACUCCAUCAGAGCCGUGGAGGCCCAGGAGAGCAGCCCUGCUAAAGCAGCGCUGCCCGAGCAGGGCGAUGCACUGGGCUCCAUGGCCAACAAGCCCUUCCGUCCGCAGUCCCUGUCCAAGUAUUCCCGGCACUACGGCCCUGAGGAUGGGCCAGGGCUCGAGGCCCAGCCCAUAGCUGCUUACAAAGUGGUGUCUCAGACCAACAGACAGGCCAUAGUGGGGUCUGUCUCGGUUGUCCCGCUGUCUUCCAGGACUACGGAGCUGCCCAGUGCCGAUCCCUUCGCCUCGGCGCCCUUCCCUUCCAAAGCAGCAAAGCAGAAGCCUUGACGUGCCAGGAGCUGGGGGCUGUGCUGCCUGCAGGACCACCUCAUGAGGACCUCAGACCUCUUAGCUGAACUGAAUGACAUAGCAAUAUAUACAUAUAUAUAUAUAAAGUAAUUAUUAUUUUUGGUCAGAACUCUAUUUGCAGUGAUAUAUAGUUGAACCAUUUAAGUUAUGUUUUUCCGAAUGCCUGGCUCUCAGGAUCCUUGUAUCCUUUCCAGUUGCUUCUCACCUUCCUCCUCUCAUUGUCUUCCCUUCAUUUAUUGCUUUUUUUAGAUGCUUUUCUCGACCCAGCAGUAUUCCAUAUUUUCUGGUGGUUCUCCUGGGUGGAGAAAUGCACUACAAGAUGAAUUAAAAGGUUUAUUAAUUACAGAGCGAGUCAAGCAGGACUUGCUAAUGCUCUGGAAAGGACAUGAUUUCACAGGUUAAAGGGUUAUUGUGACUUUUGCUCUCUGAGGGUUAUUGUGACUGUGACAGCAAACUGUGAAUUCAAGGACAGUGAGUGUGAGGGCCCAGACACCAGCCUGUGUCACAGCACACUGAGCCAGGAGCUGCCCUUGAGCGCUGGAGUCUGCUCAGAAGCUGCUGGAAGAGAGGUCAGGCCUUGGUGCUGUGGGAUGGACCUGUGGAACAGGGAGAUGCUUUGCUGGAGUGAGCAGGUACCCUGUGUGAGCCACGUGGGUUUGAGGUGUUACCUCUGCUCACUGCAUUCAUGUUCUCCUUCCUUCUCUUCAAUUUUACUUGAAAAAUUGCUUCUGAAUAAUUCAGUGAAGCUUCUGUCAGUGCCACAUGCAGGUCCCACAGAGCUGAUGCUGGAGGAGCAUCAGCCUGUCCCUUCACAAUGGGAGAAAGGGAAGGUGCACUGUGCCCUGCGGGCUCGACUCCAGCCCUGCUCGGCCCAGGUCAGGCUGAAUUUCCAGCUGGCAUUUUGGCAGCUUUUCUGUCCUUCAGGCACUUUUACGGGAAGAGCAGGCUAACUGUGCCCCAGAGCUCAUGAUCCUGCCAGACACAUCCAGUGCUUAAAACUGUUUUAAAUCUCUUCUGAGGGUGGAGGCAGCACGUUUGUAUCUCUGCAUGUGACUCAUAAGGUAAUGGGACUUCUGGUUAUGGUCAGAAAAGUCAAUUUCAAUGCCUGUUACUCUAAUACCCUUCUCAUUUCCAGCCUGUUUUCCUCCUAAUCCUGUACUACCACUGCUGCAGCCUCAGCGUGAUGAGUUGUUAGUGGAAAUUUAAUUUCCAUAGCAUCUGAAGCUUACUGUUUUAAUGAAUGUGGAAGAACCAUGCUAAUUAUUUGCCACACAAUUAAUGAUCUUAGUGAAGUGAGACUUACACAGACUCAAUGGGUGUGUUUUGAAAUCAGUUUUCUGAAAAGAACCACUGGUUUCACGUGUUUUGUAGUAAAAGGUGUUCACUGCCCUCGUACCACGUCCCUGUGACAAUCCCGGAUUCCUGCUGGGAGAAGAACUGGCUCUUGCUUCUCACCCACUGAAUGCACUAAAGUCUCUGCUCAAAGUGAUCAAUCAGAGUUUUUGCCUGAGUAAAACAAGCAGCUGGCUCUCACUGCCGUGACUGCUGGGGGGGACUGUCCUCCCCAGCUGCUGCAGGACUCUGGGGGCUGUCCCAGUGUCCCCUCUCCUGCCAUCACCCCGACCCCGUGUGAGCACUGGCGACAGGGCGAGAUCUGCUUAAUUGCUGAACUCAAUCACUCCAAAGUGCUAAUCAGUUACUUUAACUCAGCUUCCACCAAAGACUCUUGUGCUGGGGAGUUGAAUUUUUGUGGGUUUUUGUUUCUUUCCUCACAGUGUUAAAUCAAUGCCUUCAAGCACACUGACAGACCCCAAAGCAUUUUUACGGUAGUAUCAUGAUGCUGAAAUCUUGCUCCAGUUCUGAAACACAUUCCUGAAACCUGAACAGCUGCAUGAGCAUUUCUAGAAAUAACCCACAGCCUGUAGUUUCUGCUGUAGGUGGGCAAAUACCCUCACACACACCUGGAAAUACUCCCUGUGAAGUCAGAGGGAAAAUGUUGAUCAGCGUUCCUGAUCCCUUGCCUCCAAAGGGAUGGGGUGGGAGGGCAGGGGGCUCGCUCUGGUGUGGGAUGCAGCAGGUAGAGCACCCCACACACCCUGGAAAAUCUCCUUUGUGUCCAGGAGGAGCCGGAGCUGGGAGUGUCCUUGGUCCCCACAGUGGUGCACAGUGACACACAGUGACUUAUGUCCCCCAGUCCCCUCUGUUCCCCCCAUGCCUGGCAGAUCCUUGGGCACAAGUUUUGCACUCCGGUUGGGAUCGUCUGUCCUGGUAAUCAUGAAGAAAUGUUCCACUUGUAAACUUAUGUACAUUUUAUUAAAACUGUAUCUGAUGACAA